UCGCCACCGCUGAGAGCGCGCGUCGGUCGCCGAGGCCGCCGAGCGCCGCAGUUUUCGCGCGGGGCGGGUGUUGUCGUUCGUAUAACUUUCGCGCGACGAGCAGUGGAGUUAACGCGGGGGAGUUCGUCGUGCACGGAGGACCGCGCGAAAAUGCCGCCGAAGAAGCGGGAGAAGGACCUGGACGGGCAGAAGGGACCUCGCAUGGACCAGAUACAGGCUGACCAUGAGCUGUUUCUGCAGGCCUUCGAAAAACCAACACAGAUUUACCGCUUCCUUCGUACAAGAAACCAAAUUUCACCAAUAUUUCUGUACAGAAACUUAACGUAUAUGCGGCAACGUAUGUCCAGAAGUCACAAGGCACGACGUGGAUUUAAGGUCGACAUGAUUUUGGAAAAAUUAAUAUCGAAAAACAAUCAAGAACAGAAUCUCGGCCUUCCUGGGUACAUGACCCUCACAUUUUUAGGUUUUUAUGACAAAAGAGUUGAGAUAUCACAGGAUCCAGUUAAAGUGGAAACAUUGUUGUUGAAAAUCUGCCACAAGAAGCGGAAAGAUGUCAGUUCGCCUAUCAUGCAAGUGAGUUUAAUGUCAUUAGAGAACACGGUUCCAAUCGGCACAAGCGAGGUCCCGAUCAAUCCUUCCGAGACUCAGCCUCCGACGAAGGCGCCCACGAUUUCCAUACCCAAUGAAUCAUUUAGCUUAAAUAACGGUCAUGUAGCGAAGACUUAUACGCUUUUGCUCAGGGUUUAUUGCAUGUCUAACAAUGGCUGCCUUAUGCAUAACUGUGAUUUAGAAGAACCAGCUCAAAAACGCCGUAAAUCGUCUACGGGUUCGAUUAAGACUGGCGGCGGUGAUGAAGUAAAGCAGUAUGGCUCCGAGCUCAUAGUGUACGAUAAGCACAGCCGAUGUCUGUUGACGGACGGCGAUUACGAAUUAGGUUUGCAGGAAGUACAAACCAACAUUAGGUCUAGCCCUAAGAAGCACAGUUCUUGGGAGUCCCUGCCGGAUAUCAAGAACUGUGAGCCCUUCGAAGUGUUCAGCGCGGGGCCAACGUUAAAGUUUCGACUGAGCUGGACGACGGAGCCGAGCAAUGGCCUGGUGGACCGACCGACGCCGAUACACCCGAUACCGAGUGGCGACAAUAAGGAGAAUCGAUCGGCCAACGCUGGUUUUGAGCGCUCUUCCGUAGGUCACAAUAAUAAUAGCACAAACAAUAACAAUAACGCGACACUGCCAACGCCUAGUCCAUUAACGCCCUCGAGAAUGAGCGUCUCCAACGAGAAGGUGGACGCCAACGCGGGAACGCAGCAGAUAGUUUAUCAAUUUUUGUACAACAAUAACAGCCGGCAGCAGACGGAGGCUUGCGAAGACCUACACUGCCCAUGGUGCUCGUUGGACUGCGGCAAACUGUACUCGCUUCUGAAGCAUUUGAAGCUCUGCCAUUCGCGAUUUACAUUUACAUACGUGCCAAUUCCACAAGGUGCCCGAAUAGAUGUAGCAAUAAACGAGUGCUAUGAUGGUUCGUAUGCAGGUAGUCCUCACGAGUUAAUUUCACAACCGUCUAGCAUACCUUUUUCAAGGACAGGGCCGACAAGACGCACCAGUGUGACGAACAUCUUAGUGUGUCGUCCGAAGAGAAUGAAGCCGAGUCUAUCAGAGUUCCUGGAGCUCGAGGAGAACGAGUUUGAGAGUCAGAGGCCUUACAUCACCGGCCACAACAGACUGUAUCAUCACACUGUGACCUGCUUACCCAUAUACCCCAAAGAGAUGGAUAUUGAUUCCGAGGGCGAGAACGAUCCCAAGUGGUUACAGACGAAGACGAUGAUGAUGAUUGACGACUUCACGGAUGUGAACGAAGGCGAGAAGGAACUGAUGAAGAUGUGGAACCUACACGUGAUGAAGCACGGAUACGUAGGCGACUGCCAAAUACCACUAGCUUGCCAAAUGUUCUUAGAAAAUAAAGGGAAAGAGUUACUCAUGAAGAACCUCUACCGCAACUUUGUGUUGCACAUGUGCAGCCUGUUCGACUUUGGUCUUAUCAGCCCAGUGAUCUUGUACCAGACCAUACAGAAGCUACAGGAGAUAAUGAAAGAGGGCGGCGAAGACGGUGAUGUGCGUAAAGUACUGCAGAAGUCGCACGAGGCCCAAGUAGAGCGUUGGGCAGUCACGAGCUCGCAGACGUCGACGUAUGACGCGUCCAAGACUGGUACUGGCACAGGAGUGAAGGUGAACUUUGGUGGCGACGGCGCGAAUUCGAACGCCAGGCGGAAGACCUCGCUACCGUUGGGUUCGCCCAACACGCAGAAUAUUAAGAACACGAUGUCAGUGCAUAACAAUGUCAGCAAGCACGCUAGCAUGAUGGCGUCCUCGAGUAAGAACGUCGUGCACAAUAACAGUUCGAUGCAGAACUCCGUUGUCGGUAAGAACACCAGUGCCGGGUCGGCUUAUGAGAACGCGAGCUCCGUGCAGACUAUCGCGAGCAAAGUCUCGAACGCCGGGGCCUCGAUGGCGGCGAGCAAAACCGCGCCGGUCGCAAGCAACGGUGUCGCGACGGGCCAGAGCGAGAACGGCACACCGCCGAGCAAACAGUCAAGCAACAACGACCUGCCGGCCAGGCGGAAAAGUACAAACUCCAUAGUGCAAGUUAGCGUGGAGAGCACGACGCCGCUGCGCCGGAAGUCGAUGGCCAGCGAAAGCGCGAGCCCCGAAUACCAUCGAAGGAAGUUGAUGUUGGACACGAUGCCACCGAGCAAUGGAGUCGCCAGUCAGAAACCGUCCCCGAACGGAGGUAGCUACUAGUAGCGAAAAAGAAACUGAUUUUUGCGCGUUCUCUUAUCGCAAAUCGUACUUCCUUCUUUCUAUCUCUUUCUCUCCCUUCUCUCUCUCUCUCUCUCUCUCUCUCUCUCUCUCUUUUUGUACAGUAUUUGUUGCAAGUAAUAUAAAGAGAUGCAAUCGAAAUUUAAUUAAUAAAUCGGAUAAUUAUUGUUCAUAGCUGUUAGAUGAAUAUUUUUGAUUUUUAAUUUAAAGUUCUGUGUUGAACAUGGGGAAUCGAGAGGAUAUAAAUAUAACAGGAAGGCACGUGAGCGUGUUCGUCCUGAUUGAUGGCCUCUGCAUACAUUAACUCUGAUUACGUGAAUGAUAAUUGAAAUCUGUUAAGUACGAUAAUUUCUCGCUGACAUGUGAAUUUGUAUCAUACUGAUUCUAUUUCUUCUUUCUUCCUUCCUUCCUUCCUUUCUUUUCUUUCUUUCUUCCUUUUUCCUUCCUUUUUUUUCCUUCCUUCCUUUCUUUCUUUCUUUCUUUUUGGGGUCUAGUCAACGACGUUUUAUUAUCUCACCUGUUUUUUUAAAGCUUUUAUCUACACGUAGUAUUUCCGAGGAGAGCUCCGGUGUAAAAUCUACAACUAUUCUAUGUGACUCGUGCGACACGUCGCUAGUCCAGAAGAAGUAAAUGCUCACAGAGUUACUGGUACACACUCACACACACGUAUAUAUACAAUCGCAUGUUGAUGAGAUAGCAAAGCCGAGAACAGGGAUCUCAGAGUGCAAGGGGUCGACUUCUGUCUAGUGGCCUCGGCGGCGAGCGUAGUGCGAGGAACAUCGUCUCGACUCGAUGCGUCCCGCGCUAUAUGACACGCGAGAUCGCGAGAUGUUUCUCGUACAUUCGUUAGAUUGUUAUUCUUUUCUACGGCAAAAGGGAAGCGUACACUUUACAGUGGAUCUAUCGUAGCCGAGAGUUAUAGAAUUGUUAACUCCUGAGACUGUGUGCUCGUCUUCAGGAGUAAGAUGAAUGACAAAAUAGAAACAAAGAAAAGGAAAAGAGAACAAGAAUGCUACCGCGAAGGGAGCUGCACAUGCAGUCAUUUGUAAUAAUCGAGAUUCGCGUGACACGCGCUCAGCUUGACGAGAAGAGAGAAAAUUGUGCGAGGCUGUAAAUUAUACAUUACAUUUUCUACAUCGUGAGAUGGGUCGGUAGAGUAAAAGUGCCUUUUACCAAACUAAACGGUCCGAAUUCCGCCGCAGGACAGCGCUCGACGAUUCUCGCGGAUGCCGAAUCUUUAUCAAUCAUUAUAUUUCUAAAUGCUCGCGUAAUUGUAUUGCGCCGACACGUGUCUCUCUCUCUCUCUCUCUGUUGUCAUUCAUGAAAGCCGAGAUACUUGAUGGAUUCGUGCGCGCGGUUUCACCGAUCGCCGUUCUCUCCAAGACUCAGGACUUUGCGCGGCUUCGGACCACGAGUAUAUCAUACUAAAAUGAUGAACUGUUAUAAAAAAAAAAAGUUUGCGUGUAACAUAUACAACUUCUACUGCCGCAGUCGUUCGAAGAAGCGCUCACAUUCCUCUGUAUACACUGUCUUCUUUAUAUAGUUAGUGUAAUGAAAUUUUUUAACCCUAGACACAUGCCGCUGUGGUUCACUUUGAGCGGCGGCAUUUAAGUUCACACACGGAAUCAUCGUGCUCUUCGAGCGACUUCAUUUACUGUCCAAUAUUAUCCGCUAGGUAGGAUGUAAAUAGGAAAGUAACGAUAAAUAAUAAAUAUGUGGACGUGAAACAAAAAAAAUCCAGAAUUACGCGGCUAUCAUUACUUUCUUUAUCGUGAUCCGGACAAUAUAUUGACAAUUGUUCUUUUGUUGACUUUUAAAUUACCCGCUGAUCGACUCGUGUUUUGCGUAAGAUAACUGCGAGACAACGAUUCAAAUAGAGAUAAUCUAAGAGUCGAGCAAGAAAGGAUCUCCGAACAAAAAAGAAAAACAAGAAAUAUCCUUAGGAUAAAUCUUAUAUAUCCAAGAGGUGAUUUAUUUAAAAUAGACUGCUGUUUUCUUUUCUGUAUAAAUUACGUCAAUUGUGAUGUUGUAUUUCAUUAGAUAAGUGCACAUAUUAGGGAGCUAUAUUAUCGGUUUUUCAAUCCAAUAAUUCUAAUGUUGUCUUUUUAUUUGUAAUAUUUUUACGUGUUAUAUCAUGGUGGGAACGAUUCGCGUACGCUAUUAGGAACGUAAGUUGCUUGCUAUGCAUACGCAAUAGACUUCGUAUUGUUUUGUAUUUUCAUUAAAACCAAAUGUUUAACUCUGUCAUAUUUGAAGUAGCAUGGGAAGUCUAUACUUAUAUAAUCUACAGACCAGUUGAUCCUGUACUUCUCGAUGCAAUGUAGAAACUCCUCGUACAUUGGUGCAGUGGUAUCUAAAUCGGCAAUAGUGAAUACGUAUCGCUUCUCGAGAGCGACGUAAACGGUUUUUUUCCUCUUCGUGUACAAAAGUUUCGAUAACGUGCGGACAAAUCCAUCCGUGAUUUUGUCAUCGUAAACUACUAUAAGCCGAAAUAAGAAUAGCAACGUUAUUACAUAUAUACACACACACAUACACACACACAGACACAUUCUUUACCUCUAUCUUUUAUAUACUUGUUACAAUACAGAAUUAUUUGAACGUA